AUGUUGGACGCACUACAGAGCUUCGGCAGCCGCAACAGCAUCCUCAAAAUAUUGUUAUAUUGGACUCUUAGCCAAGAAGUGUCAUCCCUCAAAAGUGAACUCGCUAGUAGGGAUCAGUGGCAACGGCUCAACAAUGUAGAAAUUAAAGGGGUUCCACUUAAGAAGAAUGAGAACCUGUUCUUGAUCCUUGACAAUAUUUGCGGCGUUGUGGGAUUCCCAAUCGAUAAGAAUAGUAUCAAUUAUAUUUCAAGGGUCCCUGCUCAGAACUCAAAUGAGAAGUGUAUCAUUGUAGGAUUUAUAAAUAGAUACAUAAAAGAAGAAUUCUUGGCUUCAGCGCGACUUAAGAAGACCAUCACGGCUGAAGAAAUCGGAUUUCAGGGCAGUAAACAAAGGAUCUUCGCCAACGAUCACUUAACUCCUAUGUACAAGCAGCUGCUGACGAAGACGAAAAGUACUCUUAAGUCGAAAGGAUAUGCGUACAUAUGGGUCAAAUACGCGAAAAUUCACGUACGCAAGGAUGACUCUUCCAAAGUAUUUAUAAUUAAUAGUGAUAAUGAUUUAAACAAAUUAGUCUAAUCAAGGUCGUAAUGUACUUAGUUUUCUCAUUAUUGUUGUCUCGGUUAAUUUUAGUGGUGAACUUACUAUUUUUCAUAUUAAAAUUUUUAUACAUCACGCAAACUUUGAGUACCGUUGUCCGGCCUAAACCGGGCGGGAGUUGUUAUU